CUGUCAAAGACGGUUGGCAAAAGCAUUCACAGACCUCAAGAAUACUCUAGAAACAGAGGCAGACCUCAAGGAGCAUGAGGACUACCUUGUGGCUCAGCAAGUGCUAAAAGACGCCGAGUGCCAACUGGUCACAGCUUAAACUUAUACCUAUUUUUAAUUAUUUAAUAUAAUCAUUACAAUCAUGGCUUAUUAUAAUGAAAAUUUUGAUAACCGGAAUUCAACAUUCCAAAAUAUUCCACCGCCACCCCCGCCACCAAGCUUUUACAUGCCCCCUGCGGUCACCGAUGAACAGUUUGUAAAGCAGUUUGAGAAAUUGGACACUAAAGUUUCUAAAAAAGCAGUUUCUUUAAUUGAAAUAAGGGAAAAAAUUCGAGCCCUAGUGCUAACUCUAAACAAACUAAAAGAAAAGCAGAAAAAACUGACUGAAAACUUUAACACAUUGACAGAAGAAGAAUGGAGUUCUACAGUAAGAGAGAUGAAAGCAAACCAACUGAAAAUUGAUGAGGUUUUGUCCCUUACGAAUGAUUUUUGUUUGGAAAAUAUGAGGAAGGCCUUGGCCAAGAGAUCCACUAAACGGUUGAGAUUAAAACGGUUGAAUAAUGAGAGGAAAAAGGAAAAGGAAGAGAUGAUCAAAGAAAGGGAAGAAAGGUCUCGGAAAAUAGAUGAGAAUCUGCAAAAAAUUAAGGAUGAGAUCAAAAAAGUCAAACUGGAUGAAGAGGCUAAACUAGCAGCGGACUGUAUUCUCCGAGACACUCUCCGCAAGAAGCAUGAUGCUAGAAAGUGUAUCGUCAAGCUAGAGGCCCUGGUGAGGCUGCGGAAAGCGAGACAGAACACUGCCAGGGGCCGUGGGGAGCAGUGCUCAGAGAAUGAUGAGGCAGAGUUUAACAACAAUAUUGACAAACUAAUAUCCCUCUGGAAAGGCAAGCUGUCUAACUACGAACUAGAAGAGCAACUGCUCCGUGACCAACUGAAGGAGUCUCUACCAGUUGUCGGUAAAAUGGAGGGUGUUGUGGAGACGCUGAAGAUGUGGAAGGAUGUUAUGUUCGAUGGGGAACCACAGUUUGACUUUGGAGGGGAUGUUGGCGGAUUUUUGUCAGUCAGGGCUCAGUGGGACCAGUACAUCAGCAACGAAGGCUCAUCUCUCCCUAUUGGUUGGGUCGUUCCUGACCCUACAGACAAAAACUAAUACUGUCGUACAAACCUACUAUUAAACUACUAGUCUGUUUACUACUAGUAAACAAUCAUUCAUCUCUUGAUUUUAGGAGUAUCCCAUGAUUUUUUACAAUUAAGUACCCUCGAGUCCAGCGGACGUGACAACGGAUCAGCAUUGAAAACCAAUAUUCAAUUCUCAAUUUAAAACCUUAAGAUCGUUGUUUGGUUGGCAAAGGUGCCUUGUUGUAGAAAAUUGUUCUUCGCGCUGUGAGUAUGCCGAAAGAGAAUUAAGUAGACAGAAUGCUCACUCCCUACAUCAGUUUUGUUACCAAAAGGAUUUAUUUUCGUAGUUGACAUCUAGCGUCAAGUAGCGGAAUCAUCAAACUGCUACUAGUUUUAACCUCGUAAGGCCCAAUGUGCAUUACAAUGUACACUGUUUCAAUCUAAUUUGAACCUUUAACUGAAUUAAGUAGCAUUUCUUUUGUUUCAUUGUUUUCUUAAACAAACGAGUCACCCUAAUCUUCUUAUACAACAAGGUUCAAAUAAAAAAUAGGAAAACUUUGUAUGGUGGGCCUUACAAGGAUUGCUUUGUUGUUGUGUUUUUUUUUCUAUUUCACCAUUUAGUCCAUCGCGAAUUAGUUUUUGAGUUAAUCAUUUCUAAUCGCAUUUAUUAUUAUUUUCUGCGAGCCCUUUGAAAACCCCAGACUUGACUGCGAGUGUCACUUUGACAGUGGCAGUAGUUUGUUUACAUUAAUUCCGUGAGUAAAAAAAAAACAGUACUUCAUUCUCUCUUUGGUAUGCCAACUCACAUACUUGAAGCAUUUUUGUCGUUAAAAGUAGUUAACUUUAUUCAGACUUGUAGUUUCAUGGGAUAUGGUCAAAGUGUUAAUUUUGAAACAGUCUUUGCUUUUUUAUAAUUUAAAAUGACAAUUGUUACUAUUACGCUAUUACCGAUGAUUAAUUUGCUAUGUGGCCUUAAUUUUAUCAAUAAAAAUACUUUUAAUGCUUUCUAAUUUU